AUGUUUAAGAAAAUUAUUUAAGGCUUUUCAAAAUAUUCCCAUAGAUCAACUAUUCCUAGUUUACUUAAAGAUCCUAGGUAUACUAGACGUGGGGUAUCAAAACCAAAAGGAGAAACUAGAAUGCUAAGAAAACCUUCAAUACCAGAUGAUAUUCCAAAUGCUCAUCUUUAUUAUGAUCAUGCAAAAUUUAUUGAAAUUUAAAAAAACAAUCCUCCUCAUAAAUUAGUACAUAUUUUAAUAUUUAUAAGAAAUAUGAAUCUACAGAUUUAGAUUUCAUUUUAAGUAUACUUAAUAAUGACACUUUUGUUCACACUUAAGAUUUUAAACUAUGGAAAGCUAUUAAAUAAUUGAAUAUUCAUCAUCCAAAUGAAGUCAAGAAGAAUUGGGAAAUAUUUGAUAGAGCUUAUAGAGUAAUAUUAGAUAAUGCACGAUAUUUGGAUAUUUACAAUUUCAGAUCAUUUACUCAAGUUUCGUAGCAAUAUUACAUAGAUGAUGAAAAGGUUUGGACAGUAUUAUAUAGAAAUUCAAUAUAAUUUUUUGUUGGUUGGGAACACUAACAAACUCCAUUAUUGAGUAAAUUAAUUGAAAAGUAAAAUAUUAAAUAAAUGAUUUAGAACACAUUAACAAUCAUUUUUAUUCUGUUUUAAUAUUAUAAUGUCAUAGACUAGAAGAUUUAAAAUUGACGUAUCUAAUAUUAUAAUUCAUUUUGAUUAUUUGAUGAGAAAUCAUUUAAGAUUUUCUAAAAUUGUAUUAAUCUAAAUUUCUAUAAUAGCAUAGUGAAGAAGCUUAUAAUAAAGUAGAGAAUAUUGAAGAUAAAAAUUAAUUAGGAAAUUUCUUGGCUCAUUUUGCCUACUGUAUUUAAUAGAGAAAGGAUAUAUUUAAUGAAGUUGACAAAGAAAUUAAGGAAAAAUAAGUAGAGGAAUUCUUGCAUAAAGGAUAAAAACUUUGUUUAGAUUCAUUCGACAAGCUCACUGCAGGGACAAAGAAAAAUCUAUAAAAUUCUAUCACUUAUGCCAGAUAUUAAUGUAAACCCUUGUUUGAGAAGUUUAAAUGAG